AUGGAGCCGGCAAUGUUUAACAAAGUUUUUCUGGUGCUUUUAACUACAGUCGAGUGCUAUGCCUUUCUUCCCGAUCCAUUAAAUCUGUGGCCUCUCUCGAACGUCUCGCUUUUCAGUGACGUCAUUGGGGAAAAUGACAUCAUCCAUGACGGUAAUCAAGUUUGCUUCACGUUCAUCGAAGGCCCCGCAGAACUUCCUUACUCCGUCAUAGACAUUGAAGAGCAAUUGGAGCCGUUCCUUGACGCGAAUAUCAAAGGUACUUCACCCCUGCGGGACCUCACGGUCUCGUUUUUCGUGUAUCCGGACAACGACGAGGCGGACAUUAAAGGAACGCUAAUUCACUAUCAAGCGGAAGAGCGCGAAGUAAUGCGGAUACGCAUGCUCGCCAACACCUUUCUCGUGUCGUUUAGGGACGAAUACGGAAUGAGCGCGGGAAUGAUGUAUCUUGUGAAUUUCCUUACUCCACAUGCAUGGAACCUCGUUACAGUGACACGCGAGUACGCCAGCGGGAAAAUCAUCGUGUACAAGAAUGGAGUGGAACUAUACAACGCGGAUGACGAGUUCUCUGAUGUGAUCAGCUUUCCGAGCACUGGGCGGCUGCGGCUGGGGAAGUCCCAGGACCCGGAUGACGAGGACGUGUUCGAGGGGAGCUUUGCGUGCGUACAACUGUACGAACAUCGGGUCCCGGAUUCGCCACAGCGGAGCGUGGCUGAAAGGUGUCACCCAGAUCACUGGAAUAGGCAAUUUCACCACUUCUAUCAAGACAGCAACGGUUUAAAGUGUUUGUCAGAUCCUCCUAGCAACAAAGCUAUGAACACUUCCGUGGUUUCCAUGACAACAGUGACCAAGGGUUCAGCCUGGGAGGCUUUCUUGAACCAGUUUGAUUUGAACGACAGCGGGAACGAAGUUGGCUACCUUAAACUCAGAACGCGUGACCAGAAACCAUCGACGGAAGACGAUUUGAUUGGACAGUACAAUGUGACGAACUUUAAGAUUUGUUCACGGCUGUGUGUGCGGGUGAACGGUUGUCGAGCGGCGCUGGUUGACGGAGCCGGGACACAGUGCAAACUUUAUGACGACGACGAGCCAGCACUUUUUGUUGACGAUGCUGGGAGUAAAUAUUACAUUAUUGUUGACUAAGGCUCAACAAAGAACCGUUCUUUAAAAACAUGACACAUUGUAGGG